AGCAGCAGCAGCAACAACAGCAGCCACAACAGCAGUAGCAACAACAGCAACAACAACAGCACAAGCACCAGCAACAGCAGCCCCAAAAGUAGCAGCAGCAGCAAAAGCAGCAACAACAGCAGCAGCAGCAAUAGCAGCAAUAGUAGCAACAACAGCAGCAGUAGCAGUAGCAGCAGCAACAGCAGCAGCAGCAACAACAGCAGCAGUAGCAGAAACAGCAGCAGCAACAGCAGGAGUAGCAGCAAGAGCAGCAGCAACAGCAACAGCAGCAGCGACAACAGCAGCAACAGCAGCAGCAGCAACAGCAGCAGCAGCAGCAGCAGCAGCAGCAGCAGCAGCAACAGCAGUAGCAGCAGCAACAGCAGCAGCAGCAGCAGCAGCAGCAGCAGCAACAGCAGCAGCAGCAGCAGGACCAGAAACAGCAGCAAUAACAACAGCAAUAGUAGCAACACCGCAGCAGCAGCAGAAACCAGCACGACCAGCACAGCCAACACCACCAACAGCAGUAGUAACAGUGCGAGAUCAGCAGCAGUAACAGCAGAGAGACAGACACAACAGUCAGGAUUAGCAGAGCCACCAUUCCUUCCUGUCACGAGAAGUUUCCGCCGCCGCAGUACGAAGAUCAUGUUUGUGUUUGUCGUGUGGUUUGCCAUGUCGCGACGUCUGCCAAAGAAGCGAGCGGCCGAUCAGUUGCCAUUGAGCUUGGCUUCGUUCCGCCGUGUACGACGCGAAUGUGACGACACGCAGUCCCAGCCGGAGGACAGUCAGAGAACUUCGCCUUCUCCAACAGAUCACUUUGCAUAUGGAGACCUUGGCAGAACAACCCGCUGCAAUAAGAGCAACCACGCCGCCACUGCGGAAAGUACCCCUGAAACAGUAACAGCAGCAGCAGCAACCACACCAGCAUUAGCGAAUGCAGCAGCACAGCAACAGCAGCAGCAGCUACCGUAG